CCCUUGCGCACCAUGGUCGGUUGCUAGUGGGCCGGGUACAAAGUGUUGCUUUCUUUCUUACUAUGCCUGGCGUGUUUUGUCACUACUAGAACAGGCUAAAGUUAUCCCUUCCGUUCUAUGUCGCCCCUGCACAUUCGCUGGAAGAGGCACGCUUUGCACGCAAAGGGAAAGAGAAACAGGAAUUGUUGCUUGAGACCAGUUUAGCGAGCUAGCAAAUUGUUUUUGAUUCGCUGUUUCACUCGAACGAGAGACGGCAGUUGGCUAGCGUCAGCCAAACAUUUAUUUUCUUGUUGAGUAUAAAUUAGUUAGAUAACCUCUCAGUUGUGCCAGUUUUAUAUUUGUCGUUAUACUCAAGGUAAGCAAACAUGUCGGAAUUUCUGGAAGAUCCGUCGAUUCUGACGAAGGAUAAACUGAAGAGUGAGCUGGUGGCGAACAAUGUGUCUCUGCCGAGCGGCGAGCACAAGAAAGAUGUUUAUGUGCAACUGUACCUGAAGACCCUGACCGUGCGGAACAAGAAGAAAAGCCCUCCGGAUGCAUUCUCUAGCGAUGAAGAGUUGCCUCCGCCUGUGGUCUCGAAUAAAAGUCGUUCAGGAAGGAAAGCCACGAGGAAGACGGAUAAGCCUCCCGCAGACGAAGUGGACGCCGCUGACCUGUCUGACGAGAGCUUGAGAGAUCAGCUCCUGAAGUAUGGAGUCAGUAUAGGACCCAUCGUGGCCUCCACCCGCAAGCUGUAUGAAAGGAAGCUGCAGAAGCUGAUGGAGCAGGGCCCCCCCGAGCCUGCACCCCCACCCGCUGCCCCCACAAAGAUAGACAGCAACCAGAACGGCAACACGGACUCCGACCAGUACAGUGACAAGGAGGAAGAGGUGAGGGCAGUGCCUGAGCCAGAACCUGAGCCACAGCCCGAGCCAGUUCCUGUUGUGGAGAAACCUGCGAGGAGCAGAGGGAAAACCCCACCCCGCACCCGCCGUCAGGACCACAACCGAGAGGACGACGAGGAGGAGGAGGAGCAGGUGGAGGAUCAUCUUGUCCUGAAUGUGAAGAGAAGGUCGAGGCGAUCCUCCCUGCGGCUGGACCAGAGAGUCCCUGCCAGCAAUGACGGCCAGGACGUUUCUGAGGGCCAAGCCCCCAGGCCAGUUACUCCCACCCCACAGGGAAAGGGCUCUAAACUUCCUAGACGGCAGUCUGUGGUGGGUUCUUGUGCCGAGUCGAGCUCAGGGAAAUCGACGAAAUGUGUUCCUCUCUCUUCAUACCCUGGGCUGUUGCAGGAGCCUAAAAGUCUGUUGGUAAACAAAUCUUCAGAACCCUCCCCCUUGUCGAAGUUUGAGGGGCUGGGUUUACCUUCCCCAUCACCGCGUUUUGCCCACGUUCCCUCAACCAGAGGCAUCCUGGAGCAGCCAUCUUUACAUCAACCCGCUCUGGUGGAAUCUCUGUCUCCUGUAAUCUCCCAGGUGGAGCUCACUUCCCUUUCCCCGCCACAGCGCCAGGUAGUGUGUGAGCUGUUUGAUGCUGUUGAGUUAUUGGCCACCGGUGUAGAGGGGGUGUUGCAGGAACCUAAUGGUCUGCUUGUAAACAAGUCUUCAGAACCCUCCCCCUUGUCCAAGUUUGAGGGGGUGGGUUUGCGUUUUGCCCACGUCCCUUCAACCAGAGGCAUCCUGGAGCAGCCAUCUUUAAAUCAACCCACUCCAGUGGAAUCUCUGUCUCCUAUAAUCUCCCAGGCCCAGGCUGACCCUAUUUUUAUUCUAAAGGGACUGUUGCAGCAGCCUAAAUCUUCAGAACCCUCCCCCCUGUCUAAGUUUGAGGGGCUGGGUUUACGUUCCCCUUCACCACGUUUUGCCCACGUCCCCUUAACCAGAGGCAUCCUGGAGCAGCCAUCUUUAAAUCAACCCACUCCAGUGGAAUCUCUGUCUCCUAUAAUCUCCCAGGUGGUGCUCACUUCCCUUUCCCCGCCACAGCGCCAGGGGGUGUUGCAGGAGCCUAAAAUUCUGUUGGUAAACAAGUCUUCAGAACCCUCUUCCUUGUCCAAGUUUGACGCUGUGGGUUUGCGUUCCCCUUCACCUCAUUUUGCCCACGUCCCCUCAACCAUCCAGGAGCAGCCAUCUUUACAUCAACCCACUCAGGAGGAAUGGGUGUCUGAAUGGUCCAGGAGCGACACCUCUAUCAUGCAGAAACUUCAGAGAAUUGUCCCCUUGCCAGUUGCAGUCACCCCUGUGAGGGGACAGGUUGAGGAGAGGCUAGCAGCACGCGAUCCAGUGUCUGUGGUGGGAGAGAAGGAUCUUCUGAAGGAGAUGUUCCCUAACCAACCCAGCACGCCCACAGGCAUUAGUGCCACCUGUCGGCGGCCGAUCCGGGGUGCGGCAGGGCGUCCCCUCACUGCCAGUGACUUCCGGCUGGACGACACGUGGCGGCGCUCCAAGCACAUAGAGACCAGCACCUCCUACGUGGAGAACCGCAGCACGGUGCGAGCGGCAGCCCCGCUCCUCUCCUCCUCCUCCUCCUCCUCCUCUUCCUUCUCCUCCUCCUCGGUGGCAGCUCCCUCUGUGGGUGUGGCACGCCCGCGGCGCUCCCUGCCCGUGUGGCUGCAGCUGCUGCUGCUCAGCGGUGUGGCGGGGUUUCUCUUCUUCGUCUACCAGGCCAUGGAGACCAACAAGAUCAACCCAUUCGGCGGCCCCAAGGAUCUGGAGGGUGCUGGCCAGUAAGGUGGCCCUGACCCUGCCCCUGCCCCUGCCCCGUCCUGCCCUGUGAUCGCCUCUGUCCUUCCUCCAUGUCCCACCUGUUUCCAGUGAACUUACACGGUCUACUCCUCUCAGACAUGACCCAGCCCACCAUGCCCCAAGUAAUCACACUCUUACCAGCUCCGCUUUGCUUGUGGAUUAGUUAUGCCCUAUGUCCUCUUUCUCAAACAUGGAUUUCAUUUCUCAAUCUUUCCUCCUGGCUGUUUUUCUCUCCUCUUCCUCUUGUCUCCUCACACUCCCUCACUUCCUCUUUUAUAUUUGUUACAUAGCCCCCACCUGCCCCCAUGCACACACUUUCUCAGACUGUAUGGAGUUGUCAAAAAGAAAAAAAAACUGGCUUCCAGAAGAACACAUGGUCCUCAUGUAUAUGAAGUCCUCUUUUUGUCUUUGCGUCUAUAAGCAUUCACUGGGAUUUCAGGAUUUUUGUCUAUGUAUGAGUUUGUGCUUUUUGUCUCAAGCUCUGAACCUCUUACUCACCUUGUGGAAGUAAGAGGGGGGAGGUCAUUCUAUCCUUUUGGAAUUGAACCUGAAAAAGCUGACCGGUCAACUACCCCCAGGCAGAGCCAUAAUGUCUCUAGGUCCUGUAAAGGCUCUCUCUUCAGAGCCUGCAUUUUAGAGAGUCUCUGAUAAAGUACCUGAGCACCAAAGAGCACUUAAUCUCAAUGACGUUUUAAAGCACACUAGAAUAUCUCCAUUACAGCCCAGGUACUUCUGUCUAGACUUUAAAGAUAAUUUAUUAACCUUUAGAUAAAUUACAUUCUGUAGUUUGAUUGGGAAGUUUUAAAAUUAUUUUAAUGACUGUGUUAAUGUCAGCGAUGAGGGUAGACUCGUACAGUAUGGUCAGUGGUAGAUGGUGAGACUGAUCGGUGUUUGUGCUCUCAUUAAGGCACAUUUUUGUGCAUCUGUGUGUUCUGCUAUUGAAUGGUUUGCACUCUUUUCCCUUCUUUCUCCCACCCAAAACCAGUCAAAUAAUCAACACCAAGUGCCGGGCUGAGUGACAGAUUCUACAGAACAUUCUCCUGGGCGAUUUAACACCUGCUGUCUAAUCUAGGGCAGGAUUAAUUGUGAUUACCACCCACCCCUCCUUUCCCUGGGGUCUAAUGUAUGCAGCUAUAUCAUGAAUAAGAAUCAUGUUUUUAAAGUGCAAAUGGAAAAUUUCCAAAGGGGUUGUUUAUAUAGAUGGUAUAUGCAUUUUUGUUGUUGUCAUUGUAGCAUUUAAACCAUGGACAAAAGUAUAAUUUUAAAUAAUAAAAAUACAAAUAGCAAGUUUCUGCCUUAAAGCAGGUAUACCCAUUAAAGACCAGAAUAUAUCCAUGUAACCUUGGAAUUCUUUGAUUUUGGACAUUUGUGCCAUAUGGAGUAGGACCGAUGUUUAGUCAUGUUUGCCUGUGAACUUUUUUUUGUAACUGCAGUAUUUUUCUAAUGUGUGUCUUAAGAAAAUAAAGCAUCCAAAAUGUUUUCAAUAGUUUUUUAUGUUUAUAUUAACAAGUAAAGGUAGCCGCUACUGCCUGCAUGUAGACUGGAGCGGUGUGAGGCUGCUCUGCCUAGUUAUUUUCAGGACAACACAUGCAUUAUUAACACUGAAGCAGAAUAACGCAGCAAGAAAAUCUUUCAAAUGUAUUUAUUUGACUCCUGCCUGAUGGGUUUGUGGAUGGGGAAUAAAACAUGUCAUUGUGGGAAGGGUUUUUAACUUGCUGGGUUUUUAUCGUAGUUGGUAUAAUUUGUAGAAAUGGAAAUAAAAUUGGUUAACUUCA